AUGCCUUGUUGGCUGUUGCACUUGGUGGACGAUCUCGACAUCUUCGCCAUCGGCCCCAAGUUCGAGCACAACCCUGUCUUCCCGGCGCGCACCAACACCGAAUUCGUGGAGGUCCUCACGCGAAGCCACGUACGCAUGGUGGUCUGGGAGCGCGGCGCGGGCCGCACGCUCGCGUGCGGCACGGGCGCGUGCGCGACCGUCGUGGCAGGCGUCCUGGAGGGCAAGGUGGACCGCCAGUGCCGCGUAGACCUGCCCGGCGGCCCCCUGCACAUCGAGUGGCGCGAGUCCGACAACCACAUCUACAUGACCGGCCCCGCCGAGCUCGCGUUCAGCGGCAGCGUGCCCGUUUGA